UGUACUGCUAGUGAUUAUACAUAUUUUUAUAUUAAUAGACCAUAAAUAAUCAAACAAAUAUUAGUACAAUAAUUUCUUUACAUACAGUAUUUGAAUUAAUGCCCAGAUACAUCACGGCGCUGGAAUGUGAAAUAUUAUACCCCUAAAUAUUUUCAGUUAUUCCAUACACAUCCUGCCAAUAGUAUCUGAUCUACAAUUCCUCCAACAUGACGGAGCCAAUUGUUUUUCCCCAAUUUUAUUUAUGUUUUGAUAUAUUUCCCAUGUCCACAUGCCAAGGUUGUUGUAGAGAACAUUGGCAAGAAACAGUCCGUAACCCAAGUGGAGUGCAGAGAAAACUCUGACGGCUACACGGACUUGGGUUUUCAUGUUUCAUGAAAAUGCUGAGGAAAAAAAACUUUUUUGAAAAAACAUUUUUGAACUGUCUGUCAAAAGCUUCCCAGCUAGCUGAUCUCUUGUGUGUGGUUUGCCCAACUCAGAGAGAAGUCUGUUGGUGAAUGACGGAGGGUGUUCAAAGUUCAUUCUGACAUCUGUGGUUUGUUGGUUCCUGUCUGCUCACAAGAUUAUUAAAACCUGCUUCGCUCUUGAUCUCCUUUGUGGAGAACCUGAAUCCUAACAGACCAGAGGGCUUCUGGUCCUUUGUCUCAGUGGGUCACAGUUGAAACAAGUGUUUGUCUUUGUUAUCUUGUUAAUCAUUUUCAGCUCCGAAUGUAACUGAACACUUGUCCAACAAAUCAUCUGUGCUUCUAUUUUUCCUACAUUAUUGGGAUUAAAUGUUUAUUUAAUGGAUAACUAAUAUAUUUUGGUUUAUUACUACCCAUUCCUAUCAUAAUGUGUUUCCGCUGGUUUCUUCAUAUUUUAUAAUUUACUUGUAACGUUGACUUUCUUGGGAAGUGAAUGGCGCUGAGCUAAAUGUUUACUCAGCUGCUGAUACUGACUUUCAAGAGCAAAAGCUUUGGUAAUGUCACGUCACUGCUCAUUGUCUUUGAAGAUUUACUGUUGACUUUUAUCUCCAUCUUUCGAUGAACACAUAAAGCUUCCUCAGAGGGCCACUGGGGUCUAUUUAUUCCGCAAGAGCAAACAGAGCUGGACAUUAGUGUGGCGGAGAGGAAAGUAAAAAAAAAACAAACCUUUGAACAGAGAUUAUGUAAAGUGCUUUUUUGCUACGCUAUCCUUCUGUUGCUUAGUUUGAGAAAAAGGAACUUUUUUAAUCUGACAACCUUAUUCCAACCUCAAGGUGUGAAGGAACCAUGGCGACAGGUGCUGCCGCAAAUAUGCAUGACCUGAAAUUAGAGGUCCCAGAAUUCAAAAAUCAAGAGAAGAAAAGGCGACUGGGCAAGUUCCAGCCCUUCAGGAGACUCUUUAGGAAGAAGAAGAAGAGGGACGUGGACGCUCGCUUUCAUGGAGCAGAGCUGAAGAUUGGUGUCUGUCCCGGGGAAGCCUGCCAUGGAGUUGUGUCAGAUGAGGAGGAUGCCAACCAGAAUCUGAGGGAUUUGAAUCCUAUCGGGUCGAGGUCCCUCUCCCACGACAGCGUCUUCAUCCCAGAAGAGUCAGUAAAGCAGCCCUCUCUGGAAUACACCAUGUCGCAGGAGAACGUCUCAGAUAAAGUCAGGAAUCUGCAGAAGCAGAUUGCACAAAGUAUUAAGUUUGGGCAGAAGCCUCCGUCGGUGAGGAGGAGCGAGGGGGAUGAUGGAAGUUCAGAUGAGGAUGAAGUCCCUCAGAGUCCGAUGAAAGUGAUGGCGCAGGUAGAGGCCGAGUCAGCACAAACGGAGGUUCAUGAAGCCCCAGUCUCCCGUGCACAGAGCACACCUGUAAAGUCCCCACGGUCCAAAAGAGUUCUUCCACCUACUGGAACAAUCGAAUCCAUCAACCUGGACGCAGUCCCGCAGUCAGUACCUCGCUUGGACAACGCAGCUGCUAAACAUAAACUGUCCAUUAAACCCAAAAAUCAAAGGGUUUCUCGUAAACACCGACGAUUCACACAGGAUCUCCAGGAGGUGCCAACUCAUGGUGUCCUCCAGGAGGAGCUUGAAGAGGCUGGCGUCUCCUCUGCUGUCCUGAGGAGGACUUCUGUUGAGGAGGGAGAUUUGAAGAAACAGAGAUGGGAGGAGGAAGAAAGACUAGAAAUUGAGAGGAAACAAGCUCUAGAAGAGCAGCAGCUGCAUCAACUUGAGAAGGAGCGUCAGAGGCUGCUGGAGGAGCAGCAGCGCAUCCAAAAAGAGGAGGAGGAGAACAGGCUACGUGAGGCUGCAGAGAAGAGGAGGUUGGAAGAGGAAAAGAGGAUCAGAGAGGAAGAAGAGAGGAGACAACGUGAGGAGCUACAGCGGAGAGAAGAGGAAGAGAGAAGGAUGCAAGAAGAACAGGAGCGUCUGAGAAAAGAAGAGGAAGAAAGAAGGGUGCGAGAAGAACAGGAGCGUCUGCGAAAAGAAGAGGAAGAGAGGAGGACGCGAGAAGAACUAGAACGUCUGCGAAAAGAAGAGGAAGAGAGAAGGAUGCGAGAAGAGCAGGAGUGUCUGAGAAAAGAAGAGGAAGAGAGAAGGAUGCGAGAAGAACAAGAGCGUAUACGUAAAGAAGAGGAGGAUAGAAGGAUGAGAGAAGAACAGGAGUGUCAGCGAAAAGAAGAAGAGAAAAUGAUGAGAGAACGGGAGCGUCAGCGAAAGGAAGAGGAAGAGAAGAAACUGCUGGAAGAAAAGAAACGAAAAGAAGAAGAAGAGAAGAAGAAGCAGGAAGAAGAGCAGAGGAGGCAGCAGGAGCUUGAAGCUGAACGUGCAAAAAAGCAGAGAGAGGAAGAGGACCGAAAGAAAAAGGAGGCAGCUGUAAAGAAGAAGAUGCAGGAGAUUGAGGAAAGGAAAAGGAAGGAAGCUGAAGAGAAAAAAAGGAAGGAGGAAGAAUUGAAGAGGUUGUCUUCAGCAGAGAUGGACAGCGGCUCUGAUCCACAAGAGAGGAAGAGAAGAGCAGAGGAGUUGCGCUGGAGGGAAAUGGAGGAGAGGCAGAAGCCUUUCUCCUUCAAAGUAUCUUCUGGAGAGAAACAGAUUUUAUUCCAGAAGGUCAACCUGUCACCAGUUACUCCUUCCUCUAGUCAGCAGAGUGGUGCUGUUACAGAUCAGAGGGACAUAGUGAAGGCUUCCUCCUCUGAAGGUCCAGAGUCACCAAACCUGCCAACAUCUCAGUGUGUUCCCCACACUGCCAUACUGGUGACUGGGGCGCAGCUCUGUGGGACUGCUGUUAAUAUGGACCAGAUCAAAGACCCGGCUUGUAAAUCUCUUCUGGGUCUGGGAGAGGACAGAAAGACUCAAGGAAUGCCUCUGACAACCAAGAGUAAAACCUCUCCAGACCGCAAAUCGGGCAAAACCAAAUCCCUGACAGAGGCCUCAGUGUCAUCAGACAGCGCAGCCGUCCUGGCCGAGUGGGCCACUAUCAGGUCUAAGAUCUUCAAGGGAGUUGAAGAAGGGAAGUAUGAUGAGCAACAGGACCAGAACAAGAACCAGCCUUCAUCAAAUACCGAAGAACAAUCAGCGUUUGCCCACAUGAACCUCAGAAAGACCAUGUCGGCCAGCCCCAAGUUCUCCAUCACCCCUGCUAAGAAGAAGUUUGGGGACUCGAACAGGAACUCUGAGGUCUUCAGUGUAGACGAUGCUGAUGAAGAACCAGCUGCUUCAGCGCCACCUGCUACAAGCAGGCAAGCGCCAAACAGGACCAGCAAAACAGUCCGAAUCACUGAACGAGGAUCGGAGGAAUGUAUGUUUGCCAAAGACCUUCCUUCUUUCCUUGUUCCCAACACUGCAGCCUCUGAGGGAACUGAAAUGAGGACCAGGGGUCACAGUGAAACUGAGGCCAUGAGGAGGGAGGACGAGGAGGGCGCUGAAGAGAAGCCUUCGCCGUUUGGUAUCAAGUUGAGGAGAACCAACUACUCUCUUCGCUUCCACAGCGAGCAGUCAACAGAGAAAAGGAAGAAACGCUACAGCGCUGGAGACAGCUUUGACGGGGUCCCCUCUCCCCUCACCCCCAUUGACCCAGACGCGGACACUUCACUCGUGUUCUCUGACAAAUCCAGAACCCCAUCUCCUCAAAAGGAAAAGGUCGUGAGCAAGUACCUUCACAGCACCCAUGUGGCAGCUCCCACCAAAUCACGCAAAUCCAGCUGCGACGACGGCGACAAAGUGCCGUCCAAGUCUUCACUCUACCGCAGACCUGCCACAUCACCGAAACCUACCGGCAGAGUCCAGACGCCCCCGCUCUCACCGCUGCCCAAAGUGCUUCCAGGGCUUCCGUCUGAGGUCCACAGACUGGGUGGGGGUGAUUCACCUGGUCAUGAACAGAUAACUGUGGGUGAGGACUUGACAGCUGCAUCUCAGCUGCACUGCAGCAGCCAAGGUCACAUCCAAGGUGAAGAAGAGCCAAAGGAGAAGAGGUCUUUCUUUCCGUCCAUCAACAUCCCCUGGAGAGAGAAGGUGGACAGAAAGACAGAGCUCAAGAGAGAAAAACCCUCGCUGCAGAGCCGACAUUCACUGGACAGUUCAAAGGUCCAGGACAAGGAGGCGGGACCCCUGUGGAUCACACUGGCCCUUCAGAAGCAGAAGGGCUUCAGGGAGCAGCAACAGAACCGCGAGGAGCGGCGGAGCCAGAGAGAAGCCAAGCUGGCAGAGAAGCAGGCGCGGGAGAGAGACAGCGUCACAUCACUGAGCCCCACUGAGAGCAGAGGGAGUGCCAGUCCCGGCUCCAAGCCCCAGACACCAGAAGAACCCAAGAGGCCAGACAGUUUUCUGGGAAGAUUCGAGCGCAGAGAACAACUGAAGAAGGCCAACACGCUGCCCAGCUCUGUCACGGUUGAGAUUUCAGACUCGACGCCGUCGCCCCCUGCUGUUAAAGACGUGUCAAAGCGCUUCCCCACCAGCGACUCGCCGCAGGUCACGACAGAACCGGCCUGGCUGGCCCUGGCCAAGAGGAAGGCCAAAGCCUGGAGCGACUGUCCUCAAAUCAUCAAGUAACACCGGCGUGCUCGUAGACUCAGUCAUCGCCGCCCACCGUCACCAUGACAACCCAUCUGUGAGCCCUAGUAUCCCUCACAGGCUAUUGAAUACGCAACCAAUAUCCAAACACUAUUUAAGCAAGUAUCAACAGCAUGUGCUUCUAAACAAGAUCCAAGCCGAUGACGACGUCAUAACUGAGCAAGUCCUCAGCAGCCAAUCGCAAGAGCCAACCGUUUUUGAAUGAAGCCGUCACAGUGGUUGUGAAAUUGAAGAAAGGUGUUUCAUGGGGUGGAACCUUUGUCAAAAGGGCUAGGGGGAGCAACAACUCCACUCUGACGGAGGUUUUCGUGCGCUGUCGGUGAUGACCCGUCCCUUUUGAAUCCUCACGCUGUCUGUGACCAAGUUCGCCAGAAACAUGUAAAGAAUCUGCCAAAAUCACCACAACACAGCACUCUUUGAUAGUGACUUCACAUCACCACUCACUCUUGAUGUGCAUUUUUUUCCUGUUUUUCUUCUGCCUGCUGUAACAUUUAUUCUCGUAGCAGUCACGUGUUUUGUCAUCCAUCACUCCCUCCUAAAUGUGGUCCUUGCACUCUCGCUCGCCAUCAUCGUCUCUCACUCGAUGAUCUGUACUUAUGUAAUCUAAGACCAGAGAUCCACACGCUGGGGGGGGGCACUUUCUGUUUCUAACGUCGGUCGUGCACAAUAGUGUAGUGUGCGCAGUGUUACCUGUAACUAAAAAUGUUUGGUAUUAUUUGCACUUUUUUGUCCACUCAAGAGACAUUCAUGAGAAAAUUCUUAAGAGAUUAAAUCAAUGCUAUGAAUGAUGUAAAUUAAAAAAAAAAGUCUGAACUGAAUGUGGAUAUUUGGUUGUAACAAGAGGCUCCUAUGAGAAACUGUGACUGUUGUGAUAAUAAAAGAAACAUUACUAAUAAAAACAUCCUGAAAAGUU